AUGAGACAAGAUAGUCCUCGCUUCAGAGCAGCCUUGCUCUAUUCCAUUGAACAGGAAAGAAGCAAGAAAUUGAUGGAUUUCAAUGAACUCCUCAAGGAAAACGAACUCACUUAUCUCAAAUUCGCAUUCAAAACUGAAGAAAGAUAAGAAAAUAUUUAUAUCAAGCAAUUUUAAAAGGGCACCAAUUUCCAGAGAACAGGUUUCAUAUUUAUUGUAACCUCAAGGGACAAUGAAUAUUUGUGA